GCUGACGCCCGUGGGGCGCUCGAUCCGCAACAUGCUCGUCACGCCCGUGAGCGGCGAGCUGGCCGAGAGCGCCGACGCGUACCAGGGGUGAACGAGCUGCCAGAGCGAGCGUCGGCCGAGUUCAAAGGCGACCCCUGCUGCGCGUACCGCCACGUUUCGGCGGCCAUGACCGAGGCCUUCGUCGGCGACGGCGGCCAGUGCAACUCGCUGGCCCGCCAGGCCAUCCGGCUCGGCUUCCACGACGCCGCCGCCUGGAGCUCGUCCAUGGGCGCCGUGGGCGGUGCCGACGGGUCGAUCGUGCUGGCGCCCGAGGAGAUGAGGCGCCACGACAACCUCGGCAUGGAGGAGAUCGUCGCGCAGCACAAAAAGUGGUUCAACCAGUUCAGGGCCGACGGCAUCGGCAUGGCCGACCUGGUGCAGUUCGGGGCCGCCCACGCCACUAUGACAUGCCCGUUGGGUCCUCGCGUGCGCUUUUUUAUCGGCCGCAAAGAUUCCAACCAGGCCGCGCCCGACGGCCUACUGCCGCCCGUGGAUGCCAGCGCCGACUUCAACAUUAGACUAUUUCAGGAUAAAACAAUCCAGCCUAACGGUCUGGCGGCCCUGAUUGGCGCCCACACCACCAGCCGCCAGCGUCUCGUGGACCCGUCGCGCGCCGACGACCCCCAGGACAGCACUCCCGGGACCUGGGACACGCUCUACUACCGGCAGACGGUGGCCGCGGCUGCGGGCCAGGACGUCGCCGAGAUCGACAGCGUCGCCAGCAAUAGCAGCAGCAGUAGCAGCACCAACAACACCAACAUACAGAAGAGGCGACGCGCCAACGCCACCGCCGGCUACGACCGGCACGGCCGCAAGGGUGGCAAGGGCGGCGAGAACGUCUUCGUGUUCCCGAGCGACCUCAAGAUCGCCGUGGACCAGCGCACGGCCGACGCCUUCCGCGGCUUCGCGGCCGGCAACGGGCAGCGCGCGUGGAACGCGGCCUACGCGCGCGAGGCGGUGCGCCUGAGCCUGCUGGGCGUCGGCAACAUCAACGCCAUGACCGAGUGCACGCGCGCGCUGCCGGGGGCGCAGGGCCAGGACGAGUUCUACAGGCGCAGGUGACGGCGGACUCUUUUCUUCCUCUUUCUUUUCUUGCUUUGCCGCUUGUCUUUUGUGCCGGCGGCGUCCUUUGUUGUUUCCCGGCUUGUUGGGCCUCUUUUGUA